AAGCUUCGACAUUUGUCUUUUUUCUUUUAACGUUUGUUUAAAUGUGACAAACGGAGAUUUUACCGUUUGUCACACCAUGAAAACGCGUAUUGGACAUAAUACACCUAGCUGUACAUGUGACGCAGUUUAAAAUGUAAGGUUAAAAUUACCGUUAGCGUUCUAAAACUUCCUGAAAUGAAAGUAACACGUGUAGCAUUUUAUUCGCUUUUCUAGUCCCUAUAGGUAUGCAUUUGUAGUUAGCAAAUCAUUGAGACAAGAACUGGGCUUUGGCUAAUUACAUAAUCAACAACUGAAAUUAUGCCCGAGCCAAUUAGGUCUUUAAGUCGACGAAGAGAAGUGACCUAAACGUUUGGAUAAGCUAGCAUGGCCUCUCCUCGUAUUUGAAUAAUUGCCUGUGUCUUGGAAACUCUCAAUUUCAUGCAUGGUGAAGGGUAUGUAUGGUACUGUCACACAAUUAGAAUAUUAACAACAUUUUGUACUUGAAAUGUUUGCAUUUUUUGAUUAUAGGAACAGUUAGAACUAAAAAAAAAAACAACUUGUGGUGACAAAAGCAAAUAGGGAAUGUGAAGCGAGUACUAGCCAAUCCGAGGGGAGUGCUGGUGUGGGAAGAAAUAACGCGAAUGAGAAGUUAACGUCACGCCGUGUUGAAUUUUGGGUAGCUAGCAUAAUUUUGUUUGAGCGCCAUGUUGCGAAUAUCCCGCUUCUGUGUGUUCUUUUUCUGCACACACAGCGUAGGGCAAUAGACUGUAGGGGAUUAACCAUGGAUGUAUUGAGCUGGAUACAGCGCCGCCGGUCAGACUUGCUUCCAAGAAUUCCCAGUGGCUACUCGCGGUAAAGAACAAUCCCCUGAGGCCCAAAAAGCGUUUUUACCCAUAGGCCACCAUUGUAAAAGAGAGACCUGAGAAUCGCUUAACUGAAGUCAUCAUUUGAAAGACUGCUGUACAUGCAAUGCAAUCUGGAUGUCCACACAGCCAAGGAGGGGCCUAUCCUGCGUUCUAACACCGGAGUAACCUUGGUGCUUUCACUUCACCUCAGGACAACAAUGUUACACCUGAAUAGUGGACAACCAAGGGAAUGUUGCAAGCGAAACUUUCAUAGACAUUUCCCAAAAGGAUCAGAUUUGAACAAUAAUACUGGACUGCAGCAAAGACAUUUAAAUUGUGCCCUAUCGGCUGGUACCAGUUCUGCCGCAGCGCAGGGAGACUUGGAGUGCCUUGGAAGCACAGCACAGACCUUUCCUUUACAGGAUCAGUGCUCUUCUGUGCCUGAGCGUGAACAGCAGAGAUCUUUCCCACUGCUGUGCACCCUACUGAAAGGAAAUCCUCCGGAUUUCAAAUCCUUUAUUACCACCCCGUCUUCUUCGUCAAAGGAAACAAAUGCCAACAUUAGACCGAAUACCAGUACUAAUUUUUCAGAUGAACACUGCAGGAGUCAGCAAGUGAAAAGUUCACUAGCUGCUCUAAACUGUGGCCUGACUAGAACACAAAACCUAGAUCAUUCAGGAAGAACUCAUUCCACCCCCCAUGAGCAGGUCUUCCCUCCCUCUCUCAGCCCUCAGCUGUCCACAGACAAAGUCUCGACACUUGGAGAAAUAGAACCACCUACAGAUGACCAAAUACAGGACUUUAUUGCAAAAAAGCUUGUAUAUUUUCGGACCAUUUUAACUCAGAAAAACAAUUAUGGACAUGCACACUCCAAUAAAGGGUGGAAUUUUUGCACUAAUGACAGGGACUUGACACUCCCAUCUGACUGCAUCAUACCAAAGGCCAACAGUGUUGCCCAUCUCCAUUCUACCUCUACCUCUGACAAAGAAGAUGUGAUUCAGCAGUGCACUGCUGCAGUUGGACAAGCACUUCAAAAGGACAGUUCAAAUGCUGACUUGUCUCUCAAGUCUAAACAUUCAACAGGUACAUUAGUCUCUGCUGUAGGAAACUCAACACACGCUCCUAUAAAUGAAUCUGUUGAGAAGAGUGCAUCGGCAGAUUUUGAUUUGCCAGUAAAACACUUGGAUGUAACUAUGCCUGCAAAUGGCAAUGGUAAACUUAUUUAUUCAGAUGACUAUGAAGAUAAAACAUUUGUCUGUAGCAGUGAUGAAAGUUUCCAUAGUAAGUGUAAGUACUUACAGAAUGGCAUGGCCACACUUCAUUAUUCAUUAACUGCACUAAAGGAGCUGAUUGCUAGUCUGGAGAAUGUAGAGACCAUUGCAGAGAUGGACAACUUCUCUAAAGUCUUACUGCAUCAAUAUUGGAAUGGGGAUACAGAUAACAUUCAUUUCUUUACAUCCACAGAAUAUCCACAAAUUAUGAUGAAAGUUGCUGCUGCUUGCACAAAGACUGAAGAUGAGAGUCCAGUGGUACUUACCGCACUGUCUAGAGUGACCUUGGAUGAACUGACUGAGAAGCACCCCAGUUUAACGCUCAACUGCAGCUCGUCACAAGAAAAAAACAAGCCUCUUUGGUUAAAUAUCAACAAGAAUUUGGAUGACACAGACCAAGUGGUAGGUGUUUCUUGGGAACUCAAAGACAUGACAGAGAAGCAGAAAGGAGAUGCAGUGGAGGCAGGAGGGUUGGACAAUGUGCAAGGUGUGACUGAUGUCUCAGAGGAUCUUCAAACCAAGUCAAGUUCAGUAGUAUCUGAAAACAAAGCUUUUCAAUUCGCAUCACUACUUGAAAAUCAAGAUGCAAACACAAAGAUCAGAGAUCAACAGCUUUGUAGUGUUACCUGUGAGGAUGUAAUUGCGCAUGCCACGCUGAAUUCAUCAUUUGAUCGAAUUCAGAUUCAUAAUCUAGUAUCAAAUCAAAGUGAAGGUCUGUGCAACAAAACAAGUCGUGAAGGUGUGAGGGAGGAUGCAGGUUUUGUGUUUUCACACACUAAUUUAAACAAAGUCAAAGAACAGACAUCUCUAUCUGAAGGCGAGGUUAAAGACGCACUCACUGUGAACAUUUUAAAAGCUCCAGUCUAUGAAGACAUUUCAGAUGAUGAAGACAUGUCACAGCUGCCCAGAAAACUCCUGGACUCAACGCAUGAGGAAUUAAGCCUUCCGGCACGUUUUAAAGACCCAGAGUAUGAAGACAUAAGUGAAGAUGAAAUGCCACAGAUGUCUGUGGAGAGGCCUUCGCUUACACAAGUGCCUGAACAGAACCAUAUGCAGUCACCAUUUGAAAAUAAAGGCUAUGGAUAUGUACAGGGCCAGGCUCAGAUGAAGACAGAAAUAGUUUCAGAUGAGGAACUGACUUCAAAGAAGCAGGUUUCACCAAAGGCACAAACGCUUGAUAUAGCACAACAUUGCUCUUGUCCAUGUUCUGUUGAAACUGAUGAUGAAUUUGAAGGUUUAUUAUGUCCUAAAUGUGACAAUAAGAGGCAUCUGGGAUGGCAAACAAACCACUGUGUUUCAUGUAGUCCUUCCUCUGUUUUGAAAGAUGAAGAUGAGACUGAUGAUCAGAUGGAUGAUUACUGGAUAGUCAUACCUAUAAGCGUGUCAGACCUUAAAUUUGAACCAGAAGAUGAAGACCAGGAUGGCCCAGUUCUGCUAGAUGAUGGUGAAACUGGAGACAAAGAAAGAAAGGAUGAGACAAGUCCAACACACUGUGAGUUACAUUGGCCAGCUCCAAAACCAGUUGCAGCUUCUGCUUCUGAGAUAGAUGUGUUUGACACAAUUGAGAGCUUUCUACACGCGAAUGCUAGAAAAUCUAAAAUGGACUCUGGGCGAGAACCACAUACACCUCAGAACACGAGAGCAUCUUACUCUGAGCCUGAAGACAGCUGUGAAACUGAAGACAGCUGUGAUUACUCAUCUGGAUCAGAACACAACUAUUUGACAGUGUCCAGGCAGUUGUUGAAGAAAAGGUCAGCACCUCUGCCCCCAGAGACAAAUGAUUCUAUGUCUGAAAAAGAGGGUGAAGAUAAUGAGAUUACAAAUGUGCAAAAAAGUCAAACCAGGAGCUUAGACAAGUUGGGUUGUAUGCAAAAACUUAGACAGCUGAUUGAAGCCAAAGCUGCCUCUAAUCAAGUUCAACCCAAGACCGAAGGACAAAAGAUUGCAAAAAAUGAUUAUAUAAUAAUCCUUGAUUCUGACACAGAGGAUGAAGGUGACCAAAACUACAAAAAGAAGACAAACAGGAAGAGAUUAUUCUCUUCAUGCUCAGAGGACAGUGGAGAUGCCCCUUGUAGUCAACAAAAGAGACAUUCACCUGAAGCUGCAGACAGUGAGUAUGAAACUGCUAAAGCAAAGCUCCAAGAAACCAGACUGUCUUCUGCAGACUCGUCACUGCCACAGCACCAGUCUAAGCUUCACCAUACAGAGUUUAAAGAAGGGAUGCAGGAUGCAGGCUCUGACCUGUCGCACGGUACAGAAAAGAGUGGGCAGCUGAUUGAAACCAAAGCUGGUUCUAUGCAUGUUCGAAAGAAGACCAACAAACGAGAGAUUUCAAAAAAUGAAAGUGUAAUAAUCCUUGAUUCUGACACAGAGGAUGAAGGUGACCAAAACUACAAAAAGAAGACAAACAGAAAGAGAUUAUUCUCUUCAUGCUCAGAGGACAGUGGAGAUGCCCCUUGUAGUCAACAAAAGAGACAUUCACCUGAAGCUGCUAAAGCAAAGCUCCAAGAAACCAGACUGUCUUCUGCAGACUCGUCACUGCCACAGCACCAGUCUAAGCUUCACCAUACAGAGUUUAAAGAAGGGAUGCAGGAUGCAGGCUCUGACCUGUCGCACGGUACAGAAAAGAGUGGGCAGCUGAUUGAAACCAAAGCUGGUUCUACGCAUGUUCGAAAGAAGACCAACAGACAGACAACCUCAAAAAGAAUUGUUGUCCAUGAUUCUGACAAAGUUUUUAAAGAAAACUUCAGUAAAAAGAAGGCAAAAACAAAAAAUAUACACUCAAGAUCAGAGGACAGUGGUGAUUCCUUAUUUGCUACACAAAACAAACCAACUGAAACUAUGGACCAUCUUUGUGGAACUGCCAAUGAAAAGCCUGAAAAAAACACACUGUCAUCUAAAGGUUUACCAGAGAAGCAGCCCCAGUCUGCAGACUCCACUUCAAAUCCUGAUCCUGUGAUUCCUCGCCUUGUUGUUCAGAAGUCUUCUCAACCCAAAGACUACUUGACACUUUUAAAAGACUCUAGAGUCCACAGGCAGGAGCAAGAUGAAACUUGGGCUCCAACGACCUCCGCAGCAACUAGAAAACAGACUGACUCCCCUGAAAUGCAUAGGAGGCAUUUGCACAGAAAUAAAAAAGGAAGAUUUGUGUCCAAACCAAAACUUGCAAAUGAUAAACACCAUGCAACAAAGAAUAAGGUUCAGGCCAACGUAACAAAACCCAGACUGGUUUCAAGACCUAGCCAGGAAGGUCCUUCCACCUCCACCAGUAGCUUGUCUUCAACAAGUGGGAAACUUUCUGAAGCCAGGCAAAGCUUAGCUUCCUCAAGAGGUUUGUCGCAGUCUGGAGAACCCUUCGCCUCCUCUAGUCUUCCUAAAUCUAAGCAGAGUACAUCUAUUCCCAGACUACACUUGUCUUCAUCUGAACUACAGCGGUCUCACUCUUACAGCAGCCCGUCAACAUUAGAUCAUCCGUACACUCCCACAAUAGGCCCAUCGUAUUCUGCAACCAUGCAAUCAUCAGCAAGGAAACAAGUGACCAACGAUUGGCAGCAGAGCUUUUUCCCAAUCAGAAGAGACAGAAAAACUAGCUUGGAGGAGGACUUGAGAACCACGAAUCAUAAUUCGUGGAGAGAAGGUAGACCAGGACCUAGUCACUAUGACAGGGCAACCAGACAGAGGCACAACUCCCACGAGUCUGCAACCCGCCUGAUGAAGAAGACCAAGAGUGAUGCCAUACAGUGGACAAAAGCCAUAAGUCGGGACGCUCCAAGGGAACAAAGAUGCUCUGUGGGUGAUGGUUACAAGUGGUCAGAGAAGCCAACAGUGGCAAAGCCAACGAAAGGUUCUGGCAGGGAGGGGAAGAAGUGUAGCUCCCCUCCAAGUCUCCAUCUGUGAGGGAAAAGGUGCCAGUGUCUACGAAUCAAACUUGUGUAACUCCCACAGGGACAGGCGAUGGAUGGGCCAAAACAGCUGUUACUGUUGUUAGAACUGAUUCUGUCUCUGUACUAUACACAGAUGCUUUGGAAAUGACAGACAACUUUAUACCUAUAUUAGAAAACUGAAUAUUCUGUAUUUUAACUUUUGUGUGUGUGUGUGUAUCUCUGCUGUUAGUGGUAAUGUCAUUGUUUUUGAAGGUUUUGGUAUCAACUGAAACUGCAUGUUCUUUUUUACCAGCUACCUCAAAAUGGAUAUUUGUCAUCUAUUUGUUCUUUAUUUGUGCUCUGAAUACUGUCCAAACUUGAAACUUCUCAGAUAUAUCACAUUCUUCCCCCUUUUUUAAGUUGAAAGUGUUUUUUUGUGUUUUGAAAACUUGGCUCCGAUGACACUAAGCUUAAGGGCAAUGUUGUAUUACUUUUUAAAAUGUUAAUGUCAAAAUACAUAAAGUCUUAAAUGGA